UUGAACGUGAAAUUAAUUAUUUACAUGUUUAUGUUUCUUUUAUUAUGCAUAUUUGUUUUGAAGUAGAUAUGUGAAAUUGAAAAUAUAACUUUUUACGGUCGAUCCAUUUUUUUCAGUAGAUCUCUGUAAAUUUAUUAUUAUAUAAAAUGUCGAAUACUAGGAAAGGAACCAUUUCAGUAAAAAAAGAUUUGCUCCGGCCAGGAGUUUCAAUUAAACAAGAGCCAGGUGUUGAAAUUCAGAUCAAGCAAGAGCCUGGUACCGGAAUCCUCAAACCUACUCCUGAUGCCGCCGCUCCUGGUCGUUUAUCGUCAUUUAAGCUGCCUCGCGACUUAACAUUAGGAGGGCAGAAUGCCAGAAAAGCUCCCAAAAAAGUUUACACUCCAAAUUUAAAUGCCGUUCGCGUUAAAAAAGAUUCCCCUACUGCUCAGGAACCGGUAGGAAGAGGCACAGGUAGAGGUCGUGGAAGAGGAAGAGGUCAGAAUGAAAGAGGCAGAGGUCGUGGUAGACAAAAUACAAACCUUGUGCAAUCAGCUGGCAUAUUCUCAGAAGGCUCCGCGGAUAUACUUAGAAGAGGUGGUUCAUCUAGUGGGAGUUACGCCAAAGAUGAUUCCACUAACAUUCUGCAGAAACCAACACUGAACUUAAAGCAAGAGUUGAAAGUUGAUAUAACUGAAGAAGGAGAACAUUUGAAAGCUUUAUUAGGUGAAUUCGAUAAUCCGAUUAAGAGUCCAUAUAUUGAAACGAAUCCAAUAGUUUUAUCUGCAUCAAAACAUGAUGUUAUCUCAAAAGGUAAAUUGGCACUAGAAGUACCUUUGAAAAAAAUAAAGCAAGAGCCGGGAAUUGUGGUAAAGACUGAAAUAGAAGAUAAUAAUGAUGGAUUAGUUCCAGAACUCUCAGUGAAAAAUUUAGAUGAAAAUGCACAAGAACAAUCACGAGUAUACAAUAGAAUUUUAUCACUUCCAGGACUAUUUUCAAUGCAGAAUUCACCUUUCUUUCUAUUACAGUUACCUGACACACUUCCUGGCCAAGGUGCAGAAGAACAGAUAGAGAAGCAGCCUGAAGCAUCAAAAGAAGAAUCAAGCAAAUCCACUACAAAGAUUCCUGCAAAAUGUACCUUAAAGGACCUUGAUAGUGGUUUUAUCGGAAAGAUGGUUUUGUACAAAUCUGGAAAAUCCAAACUGGUAUUAGGACAAACAUGUUUUGAUCUAGAACUUGGCUCACAGACAUGUUUCUUACAAGAUGUUAUUUCCAUUGAUGUAAAUACAACACAAAGAACUGGCAGUAUGAUUAAUUUAGGCCAAGUACAAUCUAAGGUUAUAGCUUCUCCAGACUGGAAUUUACUUACUAGCAAACAAAGUUAAUUAAAUAUAAAAAUGUGAUAAUUGUCUAACUUAAGUUGUAAAUCAAAAUUUCAUAAUAUAGAAUAUUUAUUAUGCUAUAAAGAGUAAUAUCAAAAUGUAAGGUAAUAAAAUAAUUCUCUC